AUGGGUAGAAAACUGGACCUUUCUGGCUUGACUGAUGAAGAAGCAGAGCAUGUGCUCCAGGUGGUUCAGCGAGAUUUCAGCCUUCGUAAGAAAGAAGAGGAAAGGCUUAGUGAAAUGAAGCAGAAGUUGGAUGAAGAGGGUAACAAGUGCAGCAUCCUUUCCAAGCAGCAGAAGUUCAAUGAGCACUGCUGCAUUCGCUGCUGCUCUCCUUUCACAUUUCUUAUCAACAGCAAGCGACAGUGCCAGGACUGCAAGUACAACAUCUGCAAGAGCUGCAGCACUUACCAAAAGAAGGAGAAGGCUUGGAUUUGCAGUGUCUGUCAGCAAGCAAGGCUCCUAAGGACCCAGUCUCUGGAUUGGUACUAUAAUAAUGUCAAAAGCCGCUUUAAGUGUUUCGGAAGUGCCAAGGUCCUGAAGAAUUUGUACAGGAAGCAUAGACUGGAGAGUGGACUUUGUCCUGAUGCGAUAGCAGAAGAAAGCUUGUAUGAAGGAAGCUUUGAGAAUGAAGGAAGCAUUUGUGGCAGUGACUCUACCUUCUACCAACAGACAGAAGGACACAGCAUGAUGGAUACCCUUGCUGUCGCCUUACGUGUUGCAGAAGAAGCAGUGGAAGAAGCUAUUUCUAAGGCAGAGACCUACAGUGACAGCCUGGACAAGCAGAAUGAAGCUUGCUACUUGCAGGAGCACAAAGAGGACCUCAUAGAAGAGCUGGCCACAACCAUUGUGCAGAAGAUUAUAAAGAAGCAGAAAAGCAAACCUGAGCAGGCCGAGGCUGACUUGGAAUGGCAGCCGCCGUCACGGAGCAGCGGCCUGGCAUCCGGUGCUGUCUCGGACCAGAGCAUGCUGACCUUCCCAGGGAGCCGCAGGGGCUCCUACACCUUGUGGAGGUCUCAGUCUGCAUUCUCCCUGGUUAGUGAAGAUAUGGCCAGUAAAGGACAAGACCCUGCAUCAUCUGUGACUGAGGCUCUUCAGAGGAAGCAAAAGGGACAGUCCAGGAAGCAGAAGGAACACAAGCUCUCUGCUUUACCCAGCUGGAAGAGUGUAGACAGGCUAAAUGAAACAAGUGACCAAGCGCUGGAACAGGUUGCCCAGAGAUGCUGUGGAGUCCCCUUCACUGAAGAUAUUCAAGAACCUGGAUGCAAUCCUGUGCCAUGUGCAGGUCCGCCUUCUGUUUUCCAAAGCACUGAUGGAAACUGGGUGGCUUUGCAGAAUGUCACUCUGCCUCGUCCUCGAAUGCUCGCCAAACCAAAGAGUCAGGUGUUCAAAGCUUUGGAGAACGAGUCCAGCAUUGUGUCUGCCUAUGAUGAGAUGGGCUCGGACAGUGAGGAUGACUAUGACUGGAACGUGGCCUUGAACAAGCUGCGGCGGAGACCUCGACAAUUGCCAGACGACUUCUGUUACUCCAAUUCCCAGUAUGGCACUGAGUGGGUCUAUGGCAAUGAUCAAUACCAGGCAGUGACCUCCCCCUCCUCUGGGUUAUACACCAACACUGAGACACUGUUCUCUGAUUCGGAAACAUCUUCAGUAAACUCUUCCCAGGAAGCUAAAGGACCUAGCAAACUUCUCUGGUUGCAAAGCAGAACUCAAAGUGAUAUGCCCAGAAUGGAAAAGAAGCACUUCCAUGGAGAACUAGAUGUAAAUUUCAAUCCACAGGCAACUAGCUUGGAGUAUUCAGACAGCAGUGAGACUGAGGAAGUCCAUUAUGAUUUAGAAAAGAGAUCAAGAAGGUGGAAGAAGAACAAAGCCAUCUCUGAAGACUUAUGUGAAGAAAAGAAUCAGGCAAAAACCAACAAGAUGAAUUUAAGUCAGGAUUUUGACGAUUUAUCAGAAACAGAUAUAAGCAAUGAGGAUCAGCAUCAUGUCAAGCCUGAAUUUACAGAGGAUGAGCUUAAAUCCAGGUUAUUUCAGCUUGCUGCUAAAAUGAGUGACAAGGAAACAUCAUCUGGUGAAGAGCAAGAGUCAGAACCUGGAGCAGACCUGGAAAACCAGAAGGAGAGUUUGUCCUCAGAGGAAAAUGACAGAAGUAUUCAGGAAGAGUUAAAGAAGUUUACAGGUAAGAUUUUCCCUCAAGAAUUCCAGGCCCCUGAGACCUAUGGAGACUUAUCCUUGGUAGAGGAGGAUCAGGAAAAACAAAAGGCUUUUGAUCUUCAUUUAAAGCUGCAGUUUUUAUCCACUGUAUUGCAGCAGAAGUACUCUGCUGUCUCACUCUGCAACAUAUCUACAGAAGUCCUGAAAGUCAUCAAUGCCACUGAAGAACUAAUAGCAGAAUCCACCGAUCCCUGCGAUUUCCCAGAUGACAUUCAAGACAGAGGAAGAGGAACCCUCCCACUGGGCACAGAUCCUGUCAGACUCGAUGAGCAGCUCACCACACUGGAAGAAAAUGUAUAUCUGACAGCCAGCACAGUGUAUGGGCUGGAGGGGCAGCUGACCAACCUGGAAGACGCCGCACGCAAGAUCAACAGUGUUACUGAGGAAUCCGAGCUGGCUGAUCUGGAGGAUCAGGUGGCCACAGCAGCUGCCCAGGUCCACCAUGCAGAGCUUCAGAUUUCAGAUAUUGAGAGCAGAAUAUCAGCUCUCACUGUUGCAGGCUUGAACGUGGCUCCCUGUGUUCGCCUGACAAGGAAACGGGAUCAAAAGCAAACAAACCAGAUGCAUACAAUAGACACAUCAAGACAGCAGAGGAGAAAACUUCCAGCUCCACCAAUAAAAGGUGAAAAAAUAGAUGGCUCUCCAGUUACCACUGUCAGAACAUUUAACAGAAACUUCAUGCUUCAAGGAUCUCUAACACAAAGAACUAAAGAAAGGAAAAGCACUGCCAAGGACUUAAUGGAACCUGCUAUAGGAUCUGCUGUGAUGUACUAAACCUACACUUCCCUACUGCCAAUAACACACUGCCUAAGGCUGUACACUAGAGUGCCUUUUCUUAACAGCCAUUGUGUAUGUCCAGCUGAAAAUGGACCCUCAAGAACCCACAGAGCCUCAGUUAUAGGGCUUCAUUUGGAUACCUCACUGAGAAAGCUGUCCAAGUCUUCAGCAUUGUGGUCUGCUACAGGAAACUCUGCCUUAAAGUUCUCAGAGGACUCUAGACAGGAUGCUGUGUCUCAAAAGCAAGGCUCCACGUUCUAAGAUGCACUUUUUCUCCCUAUCGAUUGUAUUAAAGUAUGUCGUCUUUAAACUGCAGUAUGUUUUUGUACACUCAAUCAGUCAUAAUUACAGGCAAUUAAUCUGCCAAAGCAAACCUGUAAUCCAU